AGCAUGCACCGCGAGGUCUGCAGUAUAAUAUUGACAAAGAAAAAAGGCUGGGGAGAAACAACAACAGGGUGGGAUCACAAGCACAAACCCCGGGGACAGCACUCACGUUACACGAACCCGUGUGCUGACAGCAAGUAUCAAGUCAUGGCCCUAAGAAGCUGAGAGCGGGAAGUGCCAUUUCAACCGAAAGGGAGUUUACACAGCUUGAUAGUUGGUAGAGAGGGGUGGGGGGGCCCAGGAAGAUCGUGGACGGGGAAGGGGAAGCGCUCAGCUGGAGCCAAUGCAGCAGCAGCAUCGACAGACUGAGCUGGUGGAAGGAAGCCUUCCCGUGUUUGUGUUCCCCACGGAGCUCGUCUUCUACGCAGAUGAGCAGAUGUCUCACAAGCAGGUGCUCACCCUCUACAAUCCCUAUGAGUUCGCCCUCAAGUUUAAAGUGCUCUGCACAGCACCAAACAAGUACACUGUGGUGGAUGCCACUGGAGCCGUCAAGCCACAAUGUUGUGUUGACAUAGUAAUCAGACACAGAGAUGUGCGGGCAUGCCAUUACGGGGUGUACGACAAGUUCCGACUGCAGGUGUCGGAGCAGAGUCAGCGGAAAGCUCUGGGUCGCAAAGAGGUGACGGCAACGCUGCGUCCUUCUGCCUCACAGGAGCCGCCCAGCCCCCGGCCCCAAGAUGAGGAACGCAGAAUCACAGAGCAGAUCGCCGACAGCGAGUUUUUUGACCAGACUGCCUUUCAGACAGAGAGCCGUCCUGUUGCUGGAGGACCCAGUCUGCUGACGGUGCUGCUUGGGCUGGUGUGUAUGGCCGCCCUGAUGCUCCCGACGCUGGGGGAGCAAGAAUCUACUGUGCCUGUCUACCUCCACUUAAGUGUUAAUAAGAAACUUGUAGCUGCUUAUGUUCUUGGUCUUCUUACAAUGGUCAUCCUACGCACAUGAAGCCUUGUGAGCUGAGAGGAGGACGGAAAAUGAGCUAAAAGACUGAAGAGAACAUUCUCACACCAGAGGCACUGCUAUGCUCCAGUGUGUAGAGCUGACAGCAGGGGAUGGGGUACUUACUCAAUUCACCCCGUCUCCUGAAAAAUACAUUUUAGCAUACUUUUUUCAAAUCCACACAUUUGUGUUAAUACAUACAUUUACACAAUACUGAAGAGAUGCAAACAGCGAGAGCUGCAGCGUGUAGGUCAAAGGUAUGGUAGUGUGAGAGGAGCUGUCCCUGAACACGGCCUGUGAAGAAACAUGGGGUCAAAGUGUUGGUCGGCCUCCUAUUCCGUGUCUGUAUUUCUAUUGCCAAUAUGAAACAGAAAGUUGUUACCUUGAGUGUGAAGGAAUCUACUUGCAAAGUUUAUACAUGUACAUAAAGCCAUUCAAAUUUUGUUAUGGUAUUCAGCUGUAACCAUCAUUAUAUUGAUGUUUUAAAGCAUUUUAGUGUAGACUCUGAGGACUAGAUGCAGUUAUUUGCAUGUGUGGCUACCUAUCGGAGUUUUUUUUUUUGUUUUGUUUUUUUUCAGCAGUAAAAUACUUUUACUUGUCACCAAAGGAAAGAUCUUUUGAAGACAAUGGUUUGUUUGCCAUACUAUAUCAAUGCUCCAUCAAACAUUUAAUAAAGUCUCCAUACGUCUGUCCAGUAUAAUGAUCAUAGAUCAAAUCAGGACAUUUUUUUUCACUUUACAAGUUUGGUCAGGAGGGUGUAGAGCACAGAACAGAGAAAGGCCUCUUUUAGUUUUGUAAUGUUCAGUACUGAAAAUAAUCUGCCUGCCUUGGGGACUGGGUGUUAUCAGGUGUGACAUCUGAAAACAUGAUUUGCGAUUAUUUGUGCACCAGUCCGUUCCAGGGCAGUAAAUAAGGUUUGGAGAUGACACUAUCUUACUGUGGGAUUGGUGUAUGGUUGACAUUUUAAAUUAGUGCUUGUUUCAGUGCUCCGGUCAAAAAACAUCAUCUCGGGCUAUUUAAAACAGCUACACAAACAUAAUAAAGAAAUAAUUUAUU